AUGGAUCCAUCUCAAGCAGCACGCAUUAUUCUACCGACGAACACCACAAGUGCUACUAAUCCAACAGCAAUUGUUCGUGAUACAGUAGUACAGACGAAUCGCGAGGGUGAACCACCUGAAUAUCGUGAAAUCAAAACAACUGAACAAAUUCUUGAGCCGACUUUAUUAGGAAAAACUUCACCAGCAAAAGUGACGACAAAGACAACAACAACAGUUGAAGAAGUAUCAACUAUUCCAACUUCGAGAAUAACAACGACUGUCCAAGAGAUACCCGUCACAACGGAUUAUGUAGUGAAACGAGCAGAUGAAUUCAAACCGAUAGCUGUAAUCUCUGAUACUACGCCCAUCAAUAGUGUCAACAAUCAGAUUGUGGAAACAACAAGUACGAGUAGUUUGACAACACCAGGCAAAAUUGUCGAUGGUUCAGAACCAGUCAUUUCAGAACGCUAUGUAACUACAGUGACCGAACCAGUGACAAAGAAAAUCAUCAAAACUGUGACCUACGAAACCAACAAGUAAAAGUAAAAACUACCCUGUUUUCUAUUCAAGCAUUAUUAGCAGCUAAUCAAGCUUUUUUUGUAUAUCAAUCUUUAUUUUUCACUUUAUAAUACAUCUUCACUUUAUGGAACGAGAUUUCGGCUCCAAAUGACGAUAGUGAGCUUCUUGAUGUUUAUCGCUUGCUUUUGUUUUAGGUAAAGUUGAUUUCCACGAAUUCUUCUUGCCUUUUGCUCUAAUGACUCCUAGCUCGUUUGUGCACAACCUAUAAGUACUGAUUGCUCUGUGAGAUUUUAAUAGGUUUUGAUUGAAAUUUGGCAUUUUCAUUUUGAAUUGUUUUCGACAAUUUAAAAUUCAUUUUGAAAUGUUAAUAAAAUACUUUCAACAUCAUUAUUCAUCGAAUAUCUAAGCAAUUUUAUAUAUAAAUGAAAUUGUUUAAGUUUCUAAUAAUCAUUGUUGAAAUUUAAUAUCAUUGAAUGAUAAUUCAUCUCUUUCAUUAGUAUACACUUUAGUUAAAUUGAUUGAUAAAUAUAUUUAAUAGAAAAUAUAAAUUAUUGGUAGUAAAAUCUAAACAUUGUAGUUAUGAUCCAAUAAUUGGUAAUAUAUUUCACCAAAAACUUACAUUUAUUGUUUGUAAUUCAAAAUUGCUUAAGUAACAUUGAUAUUGUAAUAAUAUAGAAUUUAAUUGCUGAUUGAAAUAAAAGAUUGUAUAAAUAAUCAAAUAUAUCAAAUAUAAUUUCAGUAGUUAAUUCAUCUAACCGGUUUUUUUUUGUUCACAGUUCGAUGUAAGAUAUUUAAACACUUUUUUUUUUGUAUAUUUGUUAAUAAAAAAAACAAACGGUUUGUUUUUUAUUCAUAAAACAGAAUAAUGUAAUAAGAAAGAAUAAACACUAUUGAUUUCUUUUAUUCUUUUUUCAAAAAAAAUUAUGAAUCAUGAGAUCUUUACAGUUGCUAAAUUAUGACAAUUUGUAUUUAGUC